AUGGCGAGCUUGGUAUUCAGGCUUCGUCAAUUGGUGAUUGUUGGUGUGCUUUUGGUGGCCGGCUAUUUUUUGGUGUUAUCGUUAGGAUUUGAAAAUACACCGUCUGAAUUUGUCAAUUCUAAUAGGAUUAGUGAAGAGGAUUCGGUAAGUUUCAGAGAUUUUAAACGAAAAAUUAUUGAUUUUUUUUUCCAGAAUCCCGUGAAAACUAUCAUUUUGCACAGCGAUAAAGACAUUGGGGCCUCCAAAACCAAAUCCAGCAAAAAUCUAGAGCUAAACCAAGCUUGCAACAUCCCGAAACUCGAUAUUAAUGGAACUGAAGUUAUUGGAUUCUUCAAAACUCCUGCGCCUUUAAAAUGUCAGCGGAAAAAUUCGCGGAUUGAGGAUAAUUGGGUUUUUGUGGAUAUGGAUGGAAAAUUGAGAUUUACUGAGAAAAGGAAACAGGCUUCUUGUAAAAUCAAAUAUUUGUGGCGGAAGAAUGAUGAGGAAAAUCGAUUUUCGGAUGAUGUUCAGAUUUUUGGUAAGAUUGUGGUCUAGAAAACAACUUGUUUUUCUACUGAAAUUAAUUUCAGAUGGAUUUCAAAUGAAUGGAAGUGAUUACGCAACUGUGAAAUGUAUAAAAGGAUUUGAAAAAUGGAAUUCUGUUUUAUGGGAUGUGAAUAAGAUUGCGGAAGUUGAAGAGAGAGCGAAAAAUGUGUCUAGAAAUCCAGAGGAAAAGUCGUUGAAUGUGUAUUUUCUGGGGUGAGUUGAGUUGGGCUAACUUUUACGAAUCGGUUUUAGUGGGAUUUGGAAUAUGACUCUAAAAAUCCCCUUAAAAUUUUCCCAAAAUUAAUUUUUUUUCAGCUUCGAUUCGCUUAGCCAAAUGUCAUACCGCCGAAAACUUCCAAACACUGUGAAAUUCCUUGAGGAAACCAUGGAAAGUGUAGUUUUGAAUGGCUACAAUAUAGUUGGUGAUGGAACUCCGCAAGCCUACAUUCCAAUAUUAACAGCACAAACUGAAGUUGAACUUCCGCUAACUCGAAAAAGAUAUUCGAAUGCAAAUUAUGUUGAUGAUGUUUAUCCAUUUAUUUGGAAGAAUUUCUCGGAUUCUGGAUAUGCUACAAUGUACGCGGAAGACGCUUUUAAUAUUGGAACAUUUACAUAUCGAUUGAAAGGAUUCAGAAAUCAACCAACUGAUCAUUAUACUCGAACUGUGUUCAAGGAAUUGGAGAAGAAUCCGGAUUGGAAUUGUGUUGGAUCGAUUCCUCUUCAUAGGGUUGGUUUUUGGCCGGAAAUUUGGAGUUUUUUGAGGGCAAAUGUGUUGGUUUAAAAAUUUUGAGCUCAGAAAUUUGGUCUCAAUGAUUUUCGAUACACAAAAUUUAAAGAAAUUACUACAAAUUAUUGCUCGAAGUUCACCCAAAUACCAAAUUUUCAAAUUCAUAUUAAUUAUUCUCAAAGUUCAGAAUUGGAAAAUCUGACGAGUUUUUCCACGUGGAUUUUCGAGCUCAAAAAUCUGAAUUUUGAAUUUUCAAACAUUUUGCCACGUGGAUUUUCAGAUUAAAAUUUCAAAAUAUAAAUUUUCAUCCCAGAAUUUUUCCACGUGGAUUUCCAACCUCUAUAUUCUUCAAAAAAUCCCCCAUUUUUUGCAGAUGUGGUUCCAAAAUGCUCGAAAAUUCAUGAAAGUCUACUCAGAUAUCCCCAGAUUCCUAAUGAUGCAUCAAAGUCUUCUCUCGCACGAUGAUGUGAAUUUAGUUCAAGUCGAAGAUGAAGAUCUGACAGCACAUUUGAAACAAAUGAAAGAGGAAGGAUUAUUUGAUGAUUCAGUUGUUAUUUUAAUGGCUGAUCAUGGACAUCGAUUUGCAAAAUUAAGAGAAACACAUCAAGGACAAUUAGAAGAACGAAUGCCAUUUUUCUCAAUUUCAUUGCCAAAAUCAUUGAAAAAUACGGAAAAAGGAAAGAAAAUGUGGAGAAAUUUGAAAGAAAAUAAAGAGAAAUUAACAAGUCCUUUUGAUAUUCAUGCAAGUUUGAUGGAUAUUUUAAAUUUAUCAAAAAUCGACGAAAAUGAAUUUGAAAUUGAACAAGAUGCAAAAAAUCAAAGAAGUUUAUCAAUAUUCCGAAAAAUUCCUGAAAAACGAAAUUGUGAAAAUGCUGGAAUUGAAGCACAUUGGUGUACUUGUUUAUUAUGGAAAAAUGCAUUGGAAAAUGAAAAUGAUCGAAAAUUGAGUGAAAGAUUAGCCAAAGGAAUUGUUAAAGCAAUCAAUCAAGAACUCGAACCUGAAAUCAAAUUAUGUGCUCCAUUAAAAUUGGCUCAGAUUUUGAGCUCGAAAAAAUUAUUACCAGAUAGCGGAGUUUUGGCAUAUAAAAAUGUGAAAGAUAAUGAUGGAUUUGUACCGGAUUUGAGUGGAAAUACACAUGCUGCAUUUGCACAUUACCAAUUAAAAAUUAGAACAACUCCCGGAGUUGCUAUUUAUGAGGUAAGCCUAAUAAAAGCCUGAAGCCCUAUUUAUUUUAAUUUCAGGCCACAAUCUUCUACGACAUGUUAAAAGAUGAGAUGAAGCUGGAUUUCGCCUCAAUUAGUCAUGUAAAUAAAUUUGGAAAUACACCUCAUUGCAUUAUCGAUCGCAAUUAUUAUUUGGCAACUUUUUGUGUUUGUUACGAUCGAAUUUAG